AUGGCGGGGUCUCCCCUGCAACCCACUGACUGCUCUGCCUCGCCGAAUUCUCCCAGUGACACCAGUCACAGGCCUGCUGGCGUCUCGUCUAACCAGGGCCCAGUACUCCAGCCAACAGGCAACCCUUCACCGCCACUAGAGGCUGUACACACACUGGCGUCCAACCCAGAGGAGCCCGCAACGCGGAUCGACGCCGAUUCGGCCGAUGCCUCCGAUGCCGAUGCUGAUUCUGCAUUAGACGUGCCGUUCCGGGAUUCACUCACAUCGUUACGGUCCAGUAUUCGACAGUACCAACACGAAAAUGGGCGUACGUAUCAUGCCAUGAGUGCAGGGAAAUACUUUCUUCCAAACGACGAGUCGGAGGUAGACAGAUUAGACUUGCAGCACUAUGUAAUGACCCUUACGAUAGGAGGUAAUCACUGCCUCUGCCCCAAGAACAUGGGUGCCAAGCGGGUUCUCGAUCUCGGAACGGGCACCGGCAUUUGGUCUAUGGAAUACGCGGACGCGCAUCCUGAAGCAGAGGUUAUUGGUGUUGAUCUAAGCCCCGUUCAGCCCGACUUAGUACCUCCGAACUGCUCUUUUGAGCUCGACGACCUUGAGAAGAGUUGGACCUGGUCUCAACCGUUUGAUUUCAUCUUUUGCAGAAUGAUGACAGGUAGUUUCGCAGAUAACAAAAGCAUAGUGGAAAAGGUCUUUGAAUCACUGGAGCCGGGCGGUUAUUUCGAAGCCCAGGACAUGGCACUUCCGCUGGGAUGCGAUGACGGCACGCUGACCCCUGAGUCUGAUCUUUGGAAAUGGGUUCUCCUUGUGAUGGAAGGCAUGGAGAAAUUCGGACGACCUGUCAGUGCCGCCCAGCAAUGGAAGGAGCUUAUGGAAGCUGUCGGCUUCGAAGACGUUGUCGAAACCGUCUAUAAGUGGCCGACGAAUCGCUGGCCUCGAGAUAAGCAUUAUAAAGACUUGGGCAUGUGGAGCCUGGAGAAUAUGGAUCAAGCUCUUGAGCCCGCCACGCUAGUACCUCUCACCAGGGCAUUAGGCUGGUCUUACGAAGAGGUGAUUGUUUUGGUUAGUAAGGCCAGAAAAGUAUUGAGGGACGUAAGUGUGCAUGCAUACUGGCCAAUGACAUAUUGUUUACGGUCGAAAACCACACAGAAAAGCCAAAGUUACAGCAUGAGAUUGAAGCGGGCUCAGCAUUCACCCAAAGGAUAUAGCAUUCAGAGAUGA